CCAAAAGGACAUCUGUGCUGUAGACCGAUAAACUGAGCUGCUUCACUACUUCCUUCAAAAGCCUGCCUGGUCUCUAGCCCUAGAAGACAACAAGUACAAUGCCCUCAGACAGAGCAAGGAGAGGGUUUUUCUGCCAUGAGCAAGAGCGGCACAACGGAGGGCGAGCCGCACCUUACUGAGCACUGGCAUGACUACUACCACGACCACGGACACCAUGGGCACCAAGAUUUGUUCCGCCUUCUUACUCCUUCUAAUAUUACAAGGGUCAUGGGCUUUCAACACGACAGCUAGUAUGGUUACAGUGUCCAGCGAGCCCCCUGCCACCAAUGUUUCAGGCCUUGCAGACAACAUUACGGCUGUGAGCAGAACCACAAGAGAUGUGAUCCCUCAGAAGACUGGACUUGGAAACAUCAGUAUGACAACGGGUCCCAUUUCAAUCCCACCAGCGAUCACCCAACCAGCUGUCAACAAGUCAACAACGCCCGAAGCCAGUAAGCCUACAGCAACCAAACCAGAGACAAACUCUUCCCCAACUAUGAAACCCCAAACACCCUGGAAACAAAAAGAAUUUUUCACCAACGAAGAUUUCGACGAGCUGGAUAAACGAUUCACGUAUGAUUACUUUACUCUGCGGAAGGCCGGGCUGGUGGUGGCGGCGGUGCUCUUCCUCCUCGGCCUCCUGGUGCUGGGCUGCGGACCCGGAGGACGCCUGCCAAAAUGCCGCCGUCUGAGGGCCACAAAGUCAUACCAAAUGGAGAAAAAAUGAGGACAGAGUUUCUGCAGAGUUAUGUAAAGUGUAGACUAACUUUGGAGUUGUGUGUGCAGAAAGCAUCAGUAAAGUACAAUUACCUAAAUAAAAUCCUUGCCUGUGUGUGUGUGUGUGUGUGUGUGUGUGUGUGUGUGUGUGUGUGUGUGUGUGUGUGUGUGUGUGUGUGUGUGUGUGCGCGCACUUGUGUUUGUGUCUGUGCGUGUGUGUUUGUAUGUGUGCAUGUGUGUGUUUACACAUCUGUGUGCACAUGGGUGUGCUUUGUAUGACUAAGCCUCAGCACCAUGAGCCUAAGCCUCAUGCCUAAGAAUGGAAAAACACUGAAGACUUGAAGUCAACAUGAAUAAAACAGACAGGGAAGACUGCAGGACUCUGGUUGACCUCCAUUAAAGUUAGCCUAGCUAACUCAACAUAAUGACACAACUGAGCGUGUCUUCAGUUUAUUUACCAAGCUAACUUAACCUAACUAAAGACAUACAUUUAGUUCAGUUAACCUGCUUUUUGAACCUCCCUAUAGCCACAAGCAUACGUGUCUUUAGUUUACCUAGCUAACUAAAUAUCACUAAAGCACAUAACUGAACCUAACUUAGACCUAACUAUAGACACAAGUGUAUGCGUCUUGAGUUAACCCGCUGACUAAACCAAAAUGAAACAUGUGUGUCUUUGUUUUUUUAACCCAGCUUACUAAACCUAACUAAACAAACACGUGUGCCUUUAGUUAGGUUAACAGAGAUAACCAAACCUUAAUAAGACCCACAUAUAUUGCUUUUGAUACUUGUAAGGACCCAUGCACGUUGCUUCUAGGUACCCGUUAAGGGGAAUCUACUUGAGACGCGAUGGGACACGUGACGGUUCUUGUAGUAUCAGCCAUCUUUUUUGACUUGACUAUUUUGUUCAACUUUUCAAUAUUUGGUUAGCUUUGAGCCAACAGAAACAAUGCUAUCCACAUUUUGUUUGAUGUUGUAAACAGCCCGAUAGUGGCGAAUCAUAAUUUUUAUUAUUCAAGAUAACUUCAGUUUUUGAUUACAUUGAAAUCAUCAGCCGACGUCAGGAUGUAAAUAAAAUAAAAUUAUCAGUUGUUUUCGGUU